AUUACCGUAUUAAAAUAAUUAGUUGGUUUAUAUGUAAAGUUACAAGAUGAGAAAUAACAAGACAACAGCAAGCUUCGUGUUGAAAAGAGUUUUCUCUCAAUUCAACUGGCACCAUCACUAGUACAACAGCUGAUUUUGGUUAAUGGAAUUGGAAACCGGCUUUUGUCUGAACUAAAGAACCGAAACAAGUUUGCUCUGAUAAAAAUAAACUCAAAUUAACGCAUUGCACUUGGUUCAAGUUGAGGUCCAUUUUAGUUGAAAAAAUGCAGUCGAUGCAAGUUUUGGUCUUCCUGCUCCUGUCCGGAGUGUUCGGGAAGGAUCUUCAGGAGUGCGAGGAUCUGGGAAACGGAAGCCAUCUGUGUCGGGAGAUCGAGAGCUUCGAACAACUGAAUCGAUAUGUCGGUGAGAACUGGCGAAGUGUGAAGGUGGUCAAUGAACACACAGGAAUCGAAAGAGCAGAAGAUGGGGAGCUGCCUGGUCUCUCUAGACUUUUGCACUUGGAUCUAUCUGAAGCCGGUGGUGUGACUCUGGGCGAGAGCGGACUGCAAGAUUUUAAGGCGCUGCAGAAGCUGAAUCUUACCCACUGUCAGUUGGAGGAGCUGAAAUCAGAGCACUUUCCCAACCCAUCCGAAAUAAUCCAUUUCGAUGUGAGCUACAACGACAUAUUGGCUAUUACUGCCAAACUGAUGAGUGGCUUCGCCAAUUUGGAGUACGCCAACUUUUCUGAGAACCUGAUAGCCCACAAAGAACCCAAUGCCUUUAAGGAUAUGAAAAAGCUACGAUUUCUCGAUCUAACCACCAACUAUCAGGAAAACAUAACUCUUGGCGAAAAUGCAAACUUGCGUUUCUUGUCCAUAAGUAACAACAAUUUGAGAGACUUUCAAUGGUGUCACCUGCGGGGAUUGCCCAAAUUGGAGGAACUGCAUCUUCACAGCAAUUGGCUGGAGCACCUGGAUAUGGGAAUAUUCUAUGCGCUGCCCAAUCUCCGAGUUUUAAAUGUGUCCAACAACAAUCUAUUUGAGAUCAAGCGCACACUUUUCAUGGCUCCCGGAGAAGUGGCGCCAUUGGAUCUGCUCGACUAUAGCUCGAAUAAUGUGAAAGUCCUGGAGGACUCCGUGUUUUGCAGGCUCAAGAAACUAAGAACCCUCAAUUUGUGGCUUAACCAGAUAAACAGAAUCCAUCCGAGGGCCUUUUUGGGAUUGAGUUCACUGCAAACUCUGCACUUGCAGGGUAACAAGAUCUCGCUUCUGCCCGACGAUGUCUUUGCCAAUCUAACAGCUUUGGAGAAACUGGAUCUCAGCAGGAAUAACAUCAAAAAGCUGGGAAUGCGUGUAUUUGGUGAAAGUAUUCUCCGCAAGCUGACCUACCUGGAUUUGAGCAACAACUACAUUGCGGAACUGCAUCCCCUGGCUCUUUCUUCUCUGCCGUUCAUCCAGGAACUUAGGCUCAGAAGGAAUAAGCUGGUCAGUCUGGAUCUUCGCAUGUUUGCACCUUUGCGGCAAUUACAAUUGCUCACAAUUAGCGAGAAUCGUCUGGAGGAGAUUGAGGGCGAGAUACUGAACACUUUGGAUCGCCUCAAUCACCUGGAGCUCAACAACAAUCGUCUCACCUUCUUGCCGGACUUGAAGUCAUUACAAAGUCUCUUGCAUUUACAAAACAUCACUUUGGAGGGAAAUCCUUGGCAGUGCCUGUGUCUGGACGAGAUCACCACCUGGUUGAAUGGCCAUCACGUGUCCUACGCUCGACCCAGCAGUGCCUACUUCAGCGGAAGGAAGCCCCUCUGCGUUGUCACGCCCAUGGAUAAAUGCCUGCGCGACCUUCAAGAAACCAGAGCUCAAGGAAUCGUCGAAAGUUAUGAGAAGAUAUAACCUUUCAUGCUUUAUAUGGUAUCUAUAGAAGGACCAAGAAAAGUAAGAAUUUCACUUUAAUUUCGGCAUAAAUCUGGCUGAUGAGCUUUAUAUUGGCAGUAGCUCGUAAAUGGCUUCACAAGAGUUUUAGUAUGUUUUUGCUUUCAAAUUUAAAUCAGAUUUUUACCAUCAUACAUCAAAGUAGUAUGUGCAUUCAUAAUCCCGACUGUAAGACGCAUGUGUGUCACCAGUUGAGGAGCAAUAAAUCAAUAUCCACUGAAUGCUGGACUGCAGUUUCUGUUGUGGGUUCCGCUUCGCUCCGCUGACUGACUGGACGUCCGCCCCAGGAUCCUUGAAGAAGCCUCCGUAAAUCACAGACAAUUGGAUGACCAUGAGGGCAAAAGUUUUAGCUAGCCAAAGUAUUUGGCCAACUGUCGUAAAACAAUAAAACGGAAGGCAUGCGAUGGGCAGAGUGGGAGUGGGAAUGACUGGGGCGGAAAACCGAAGCAGAGAUUUUCAAAUACUUAACACCACUUAAGCGAACAGUUGGACAAUGACAAUGACGGGGGAUUCGAAUGGGGAUUGGGAUUGGGAUUGGGAAUUCCAAAAAGGGCAAGGUGGGAUUUGAUUGUUGAGCGUAAUUUAGCGCAAGAAUUUUUAUUAAAAUUUCCAAUUAGUUUGCAGAUAAACUUUUUUGCUGGCCGCAAUGAGUUGACUGAUUGAUCGAUGGACUGGGCUGCUAAGUGGGAUAAGUUUGGCAGUAAGGAAUCGAACAAGCCUAAGACCAUAUAAGGAUAGCUAUAGAGCUAUGUCCUUCCAAGGGAGCAAGUUUCCGUGGUCUUGUGCUGCCUAACUUGGCGCAUAUGCAUUCAAAUUGUAUGAAUAGGCCGCAGGGUCAGAGGUGUGAGCAAGUGGAGCACAAGUAUUCCAGGUAUUCAAACGGGCAACAAAGGAACAAUGGACCGGGGAAGUUGGCAGCCAGGACAUGUGCAGCCAAUGCGCAAUUACGGGAAUAAAGGGCGUAACACGGAACACGGUGUAUCCUUGCUGAGCAGCUGCCAUAAAAGUUUUACUCCAACGAGGCCUCCACAGCACCUUCAACACUCGGAGGCCACUAAUGAAAUUAAAUUUUCGGUUUCACAUUUGCUCGAUGAAUUAAGUGUCCUGUCAAAGGUGAAAGGUAAAGACUCCAUGAGGAAAGGGCUUUCGUGCGGAAAGCAUUUCCUUUCCGUCCAGGUCCGUUCAAUUAAUUUGGCCACAAACUUUGCUCGGUCUGUUGUUUACCCAAUUUGAUAGCUGAAAUUUCUGGCCCGGAAGGAGUCUCGUUCAUGACAAACUUGUUGCUCCUUGGGCCA